AUGAAAGCGGACCACCCGAACGAAAAGUAUGAAUGCGGAUCACAACGGAUCACAAGUAUGAAAGCGACGGAAGCUGUGAAAGCGAUGAAAGGUAUGGAAGAUAUGAAAACGGAUGACUCAAAUAAACAGUAUGAAUGCGGAUCCAAAUAUGAACGCCAUGAAAUGGAUGAAAACGAUGAACGCGAUGAAAACGAUGAACGAGAUGAAAUAUAUGAAAACUGUGCAAGAGAUGAAAAGUAUGAAACAGAUGAAAAGUAUGAAAGCCAUGGAAGGUGUGAAAACGAUGUAAGCGAUGAAAACGAUGAACGAUAUGAAAUGUAUGAAAACUAUGAAAGAGAUGAAAAGUAUGAAAGAGAUGAAAAGUAUGAAAGAGAUGAAAAGUAUGAAAGCCAUGGAAAGUAUGAAAACGAUGAAAACGAUUAA